GGUGCGGCUUCUGUCAUAAAGCGGAGGCCUCUCUUCAAACGUGGCGUCGUGGGUCCUUCACGCCUCGCCUGGGGUCCGCGCGCAAGGAUAGGCGCGGACACUUGGCAGCCAACAGCUGGAGCCAGUCCUCGCGUACCGGGUCCGCACUGGCACCUCUAACACCUCAGAGCUGGCUGGUUUUUAAGCCCUCACGAUUGAGAGCCCCAGAUUCGUACCCUCCCGGACUACAGCUCCAGAAGGGAGCACUCCUUUGCCCAUACCUGUGCCCCAUAGGCAUGCUCUGCCCUCACAGGUGCAUUUGACAAGUAACCCCUACCCCACAUUACCACUUCCACCUUAAUUUCUGCCAUGUCUGCCUUAAUUUCGUUCUUAACCGCCUUAAUUUGAGACCCCCCCCCACCCAGUUCUGUAAAAGAGGAGUUUGGGGUCUCUUGCAGAAAGAUUACCUUUAAGACUGAGCACCCGUUUGAUAACUAAAACAAGUUCAUGCUUACUAAAGAGUUUGUGGGCAAAGCGAAACCCAGUACACACAGGAAACUAUGGCUGAACAUGGGGCUCACAUCACAACUGCUUCUGUGGCGGAUGACCAGCCAUCCAUCUUUGAGGUGGUAGCACAGGACAGUUUAAUGACAGCCGUGAGACCUGCUCUUCAGCAUGUGGUCAAGGUUCUCGCAGAAUCAAAUCCUGCCCGCUAUGGCUUCUUUUGGAGGUGGUUUGAUGAAAUCUUCACCCUGCUAGAUCUUCUGCUCCAGCAGCAUUAUCUGUCUAAAACCAGUGCUUCAUUUUCUGAAAAUUUUUAUGGCUUAAAGCGCAUUGUGAUGGGGGACACACACAAGCCUGAGAGAUUGGCCAGUGCUGGUCUCCCAAAGAAGCAGCUUUGGAAGUCAGUUAUGUUCCUGGUUCUUCUUCCCUACCUGAAAGUGAAGCUGGAGAAGCUGGUUUCUAGCCUCAUAGAAGAGGAUGAGUAUUCUAUCCACCCCCCUUCUUCCCGCUGGAAACAGUUUUAUAGAGCCUUCCUGGCAGCCUACCCAUUUGUUAACAUGGCAUGGGAAGGCUGGUUUUUUGUACAACAACUUCGAUACAUCCUAGGAAAGGCUCAGCAUCACUCACCAUUGCUGAGGCUGGCUGGAGUUCGGCUAGGUCGACUUACAAUUCAGGAUAUACAAGCUCUGGAGCACAAAGCAGCUGAAGCCAGCAUGAUGCAACAACCAGCCAGGAGUGUUGGUGAGAAGAUAAAAUCAGCUCUGAAAAAAACUUUGGGAGGUGCUGCCUUAUCCCUCUCUACUGGCCUUUCUGUGGGAGUAUUCUUUCUGCAGUUCCUUGAGUGGUGGUACUCAUCUGAAAAUCAAGAAACCAUCAAAUCACUGACUGCCCUGCCUACUCCACCACCACCUGUACACCUAGAUUACAAUUCCGAUUCUCCUCUGUUACCCAAAAUGAAGACUGUGUGCCCACUGUGUCGCAAAACCCGGGUGAAUGAUACUGUUCUUGCCACCUCUGGCUAUGUGUUUUGUUACCGCUGUGUAUUUAAUUAUGUAAGGAGUCACCAAGCUUGUCCCAUAACAGGUUAUCCAACAGAAGUACAACAUCUAAUUAAACUGUACUCCCCUGAGAACUGAAAGGGAUUAGGAUUUUAUCUCACAACAAAAUUAUUGCACUAUAAGGCUGAGAAACUGAUUUUCAGCACAGUACAUAGCAUUGAGUCUUCUCAUCCCCAAUUCGUAAUUAUAUGAACUUUACACAACUAGAAUUGACCCUGAAUGACAUGUGUGUUAACGGUGCCAACACCACUCCCCCCAGUAGAAAAUUCACAUAUAACUUUUGACUCCCCCAAAACUUAACUACUAACAGCCUACUAUUGACCGGAAGCCUUACUGCUAACAUCAACAAUCAGUUAACACAUAUUCUGUAUGUUAGAUGUAUUAUAUACUGUAUUCUUGCAGUAAAGCUAAAGAAAAUACUAGGAAAGUCAUAACAGAAAAUGCAUUUAUAGUACUGUACUAUAAAAAAAAUCCAUAUAUAAGUGGACCCACACAAUUCAAAUCUGUGUUCAAGUAUCAGCUGUAUAUGGAUUCUUUAAAAGGAUAUAUCUAUUGAUCUAAACCUUUUAACCUGCUCUCUAGACUCCUACUUAAGAGUUUAGCAAGCUGGUUAGAAUAAGAGAAUCAGGAUUGACAGGGGACAUGAAGGUCAGUGUAGAGGAAGUGGAUGAAAGAGGAUAGUACAGAAGCUUUUCCUCGAAGAACAAGAGGUAUAGAAGCUCUCAGGAAAAACCCAAGUUAGACCUUAUAAAAGUGGGUGAUGGGGAAGCAGCCCUUGAGAAAAGAAAGCAUUUAUCUGCCUAUGAGGAAGAGACUUUAUCAGUUUGCAAACAAUGUGAAAUAUGGACCUGCUCUUUACAGAAAUACUUAGAAACAGCUUAGAAAAACAAAGCACCUUCCAUAUACUGUGAGCCACUUGUUAAGUAGCAUCUGCUAUAGUGUAUCAACUUUUAAGAUUCCUUUAUGAGCCAUACAUAUCUUUUCUUGGGCAACUUGUUAAAGAAAAAUAGGGGUUGAACGUAUAUAGAGAGCAGUCUGAAGAUUUCAGUGUGAAAGCAAAACGAAUAAGCAAUCAAGAGAUGACAAUAUACUGAUUUAACUUUGUGCAAAAGAAUCUUUUAAUAGGCUCUUUCUUCUUGCUGUUAAGAGUUUGCUAAAUGGGCACGAAUUAUUCUGGCUAUUACUAAGUUUCUGUGAAAUGCUUAAGUAAAUUUUAAGAAUAAACGUUUUUGGCAAAGAGUCA